AUGUCUCCUAUAACUACUCUCCUUACCAUUCUCUUCCUCACCAUAUCUCUCCAAACACAAGCUUCCGUCCACGACUACAAAAGCGAAACUUUCUCCGUCAAAGGCAACGCCUUUGUCGUCCAUGGAGGCAGCGAAGGAAUUUACUCAUCUACCCUCAAUGAAACUUCCGUCUCACCUUCAAUUCCCGACUCUUUCAUACGGUUUGAUAAAGUCACAUUCCGUAGAAACAAGGAAUUAUCAAACUUUAGCUCAUGGCCGAUUCAAGCUGUUGUUUUUGAAGUUGAAGAUAGAGAGAUGAUUGGUGGUUCGGCUUAUGGUGGUCAACGGGCCGUUUGUUGCACUGGUGAUCUGGCUAAACUCGGUGUGUGUAAUGAAGGACAGGUCAUUCACCGUCCUUCUACCGUGAAUCCGGAUUGGCCUCAGGUUUACGGUGUUGCUUUUGAGAUGGACGAUGAAGUAGCGGAGCUGCCGUUGAAAUCUAUACAGAUCACGAAAACUGGGAUGUAUAAUUUGUAUUUCAUUCAUUGUGAUCCGAGGCUUAAGGAUUUGGUUGUAGAAGGGAAAACCGUAUGGAAGAAUCCAUCGGGUUAUCUUCCUGGUAGAAUGGCACCGAUGAAAAUUUUCUUCCAGUUCAUGUCUUUUGCAUAUGUGUUGCUUGGUGUCUUUUGGUUCUUUCAAUAUCUUAGAUUUUGGAAGGAAGUGUUUCCACUGCAAAACUGCAUCACACUAGUGAUAACACUAGGAAUGUUUGAGAUGGCUUUUUGGUACUUUGAUUAUGCCGAGUUUAGCGAAACGGGAAUCAGGCCAACCGGGACGACCAUAUGGGCAGUUACGUUUGGAACUGUUAAGAGAACUAUUGCACGGUUGAUCAUUUUGAUUGUUUCAAUGGGCUACGGUGUUGUGAGACCUACCCUUGGAGGCCUUACAUCGAAGGUUAUUAUGCUUGGAGGAACCUUCUUUGUUGCAUCUGAAGUUCUUGAAUUGGUAGAACAUGUCGGUGCAAUAAGUGAUCUUUCUGGUAAAGCAAAACUAUUUUUGGUUCUUCCCGCUGCGGUAUUAGAUGUGUUCUUCAUUCUUUGGAUUUUCACUUCACUCUCUGCAACUUUAAAUAAACUUCAGGCCAGAAGGAUGAUGAUAAAAUUGGAUAUGUAUCGGAAGUUCACCAAUGCUUUGGCGGUAGCUGUGGUGGUAUCUGUUGGAUGGAUCUGUUACGAGCUGUAUUUCAAAUCAAAUGAUAUAUACAAUGAGCAAUGGCAAAAUGCUUGGAUCAUCCCAGCGUUUUGGCAAGUUCUAUCCUACUCUCUCCUGUGUGUCAUCUGUGUUCUCUGGGCACCAUCUCAGAAUUCAACGCGAUAUGCGUACCGUGAUGAUGGGAGCGAGGAGUUUGACAGGGAUGAUACUACUUUGACCCUCAUAAAACCAUCAUCUAUUUCAACAAAGGAUGUUAGAAGUGUUCCAGAUGUAAGGCCAGUACAAGACAACAAUGGAACUUCAAAUGAUGAUUUAGAAGAAGAUAAAAGAGAAUAA